UGAUGACUGACAGUCUGAAAACUGCAGAACUAGUUUUCUUGUUAAACAACAGGUCAUUUUUUAGGUAAUCUACGGCCACAGCUGAUUCUCACUCACAGACUGGUUUCCUGAACGUUUCAUCAAUCUACCACUGACCCAGAUAGAUAGACCCCAGAACUGCAUACUUUUUGGAGUCAGUGUUGUUGUGUCAGACUUGUUGGACUGCUCAAACAAGCUUAUAGAGGGGAAGAGCAAUGGCUUCAUCAACGUCACGAAAACAAUCUCUGUCAUCAUCCAGUAGUCCUCUGGCGGAGGAGCUCCAGUGCUCAAUCUGUCUGGGUUUGUUCACUGAUCCAGUCAGCACUCCGUGUGGACACAAUUUCUGUAAGACCUGCCUGAACCAGUGCUGGGACAAAAGUCAGACCUACAAAUGUCCAUUAUGUAAAGAAACAUUCAGUAAAAGACCUGACCUCAAGAUCAACACAGCACUCAGACAGGUUGUGCUGCUCUUUAAGGAAAAGUCUUGUCAGAGUAAAUCUGAGGUUCUCUGUGACAUCUGUGAUGGUAUAAAGAUGAAAGCAAUGAAGAUGUGUCUGGUGUGUCAGAGCUCUUACUGUGAAACUCACCUAGAGCCUCAUCACAGAGUCCUAAAUUUAAAGAAACACAAACUGAUUGAUCCAGUGGAGAAUCUUGAGGACUAUAUAUGCCAGAAACAUGAGAAACCUCUGGAGCUGUUCUGUAGAGAUGACACAUGUAUGACAUGUGUAUGUUUGCUCUGCGCUGUAACAGACCACAGGAAUCACAAAACUGUUGCUGUAGAGGAGGAGAGCAGAGAGAGGAAGCCUGAGCUGAUGAAGAUGCAGACAGACAUGCAGCAGAUGAUCCAGGACAGAACGAAGAGAGUUCACGACAUAAAACACUUAGAAGAAAUCAGAAAAAAAGCAUCAGAGAAAGAGAAAGCAGAGAGCAUUGAGCUCUUUACUGAGCUGAUCCGCUCCAUUGAGAGAUGUCAGUCUGAGCUGCUGGAGAUGAUGGAGCAGAAGCAGAAGGCAGCAGAGAAGCUGGCUGAAGGGCUGAUUAAAGAGCUGGAGCAGGAGAUCACUGAGCUAAAGAAUAAAGACACUGAGCUGGAGCAGUUCACGAAUACUGAGGAUCACUUGCACCUCUUACAGAUUUACCCAUCCCUGAUCAUACCUCCAUACGUCAACAGUUGGACUGAGAUCAGUAUUAGUGACACUCAGAUGGAUGUGACAACUCUAAGGAAAGCUCUAAUUCCGCUGCAGGAGACUCUAAAUGCAAAACUCACCAAAACUGUGCUGAAGAGGAUGCAGCAACAUGCAGUGAAUGUGACUCUGGAUCCUGAUACAGCUCAUACAAAGCUCAUCCUGUCUGAUGACAGAAACCAAGUGCGAUUUGGAGGCAUUAGGCUUGAACUCCCAGACAACCCAGAGCGGUUUGACAGUUGUUAUUGUGUCCUUGCAAAAGAGGGUUUCAGCUCAGGGAGAUUUUAUUUUGAGGUGCAGGUCAAGGGAAAGACUGAUUGGGAUAUAGGAGUGGCCAGAGUGUCCAUUAACAGGAAGGGAAAGAUCACAGAGAAUCCUGAGAAUGGAUACUGGACUGUCAUUUUGAGGAAUGAGAAUCAGUAUCAGGCUUGUGAAUGUCCUCCUGUUUCUCUGUCUCUGAGAGUGAAGCCUCAGGUUGUGGGUGUGUUUGUGGAUUAUGAGGAGGGUCUGGUCUCCUUUUAUGAUGUGGAGUCAUGUUCUCAUCUUCAUUCUUUUACUGGUCAGUCUUUCACUGAGAAACUCUUCCCAUACUUUUCCCCUUGUAAUAAUAAAAAUGGUGAAAAUGCUGCACCACUGAUCAUCUCAGAUGUCAGACAAUGAAUGAAUUUACACCACAUAUUAUAUAAAUAAUCUUAUUUGUAGUGCUAUGACUACUUGCUGUUAUUAAA